AUGUCUGAGAGAGGACGCUCUCCCGCCGUCUCGGGGCCAGGAACCCCCCAGCAAUCUCGCCAGCCAUCUCGCCAGCCAUCUGCAUCGGGUGCUUCGAGAAGCCGUGGCGCUUCACCAGCACAAGGCACAGCCUCUGGCAGUUCGCAGCCUGGCUGGGCACCAAGCAUGGGAUUCGAUCCUGCAAAGACGGAGAGCAACGAUCGAAAGGGAAACUCUCGCAUGGAGCUGCCUCCAGAUGCCUAUGUUACUAAUGAGGCCCAAAAAGAUGUGUUUGCUAUUCGCGGCAACAAGUUCAACACGGAGGGUCGACCAGAGACUAUUGAAGUCAAUCAAUUCCGAGUGACCAAGUUUGACUUCAAAAAGAAGAUCUACCAAUACGAUGUUGUCCUUUCGCCUGAACCGGACAAACGUGGACCAGUUUUGAAGAAGAUUUGGGCUCAUCCAAACCUCAAAAAGGCGCUCGCUGCUUACAACUAUCAAAUGUGGAUUAUAGACGGCUCCAGACUGGCAUGGUCUCCUUCUUUGGUGGACCGUGGCGAGAUUCGUGUCACCGUGGACUUGGACGAGGGCAAGCCUGCUGCACGAUCUGGACGCUCCAACAAAUUCUAUCUCAUCUUGCGCAAGACAACUGAGAUCCAGAUGGCUGCUCUCCAGGGUUAUUUGGACAGAAAGCUUCAAUUCAACAACAGUGUCCAAGAAGCCCUCAACUUCAUGGACCACCUCAUUCGCCAGUGGCCGUCUGAGCAUUUGCUUGCCAUCAAACGAAACUUUUACAAGCGAAAUGAAGCUGGCCGGCCGCUCAUGCAAGGCGGAGUCAUUGAAGUCCACAAAGGGACUUAUGCUUCUUUGAGGCUAUCAAACAAUCUUGCAAAGGGAGGCAUUGGCCUUGCUCUCAACGCAGAUGUUACCAACACCUGCUUUUGGACUGGCCGACAAACCCUGGAUCAGGUCAUGGCCAACUUCCUCGGCACCCUUGACAGGCGCUACAAGGGAAUCAACAUUGCAACCACGACCAUUUUUAGGCCUGUGCAAAACCAGAGGGGAGAGUGGCAGUCUUCUGAUGCCUUCAAGCAGCUGCGAAAGAUGCGCAAGCUCAAGUUCACCAUCCGACACAGCAAUCGCGAUCCCAAGCUUGCUGAAAAGGUCUACACCGUGAUGGACUUUGCAUUUGAUCAGAAGUAUGGAGCAGAAGGUGCCAAUGCCCGGACAGUCAAAUUUGAUUACAAUGGGCGAGACAUCUCGGUGGCCGACUACUAUCAAGAGAAGUACAAGGCGCAUCUACGAAAUGCUCACCUACCUCUUAUCUCCACAGGAAAGAAUGGACACAUCCCCAUGGAAUUUGCCUUUGUUGAACCGAUGCAGAGGUAUGCGUUCAAGCUGAACCCCGAACAGACUGCGGCAAUGAUCAAGAUUGCCGUGACGCGCCCAAAGGAGCGCAAGGGUGACAUUUUGAAGAAUGUAGGCGAUCUUCAGUUGCCUCAAGAUCCAUAUCUGCGACACUAUGGAGUUCAAAUGGAAACCUCCUUCUCCAGGACUGAGGCCAGGAUUUUGGCUCCUCCCGCCGUGAACUUUAGCCAAGGCACAGCUGAUCCUAAAUAUUCUGGUCGUUGGGAUCUACGCGGCAAGAAGUUCUUCAAGCAGAACCGAGCGCCACUCAUCAGUUGGGGCUUCUUGGUCAUGGACGACUGCGUUCAGCUCCCCCAGCUUCAGCAGUUUGCUCGCACAUUCAAGUCCACCUUUAUGGGUCACGGAGGCGCCUGCCAAGCUGACCCUGUCCUGGUGAAUGUGCCAGGCAACAUCAAGAACAACAUUGCUCAAGCACUGGCUCAUGCGCACAACCAGAUUACUCGUGAGCGAGGAUAUACCCAACUGAUUUUUGUCGUCGUUCAACACAAGAACAGCCCACACUAUGAGCGCCUCAAGAAGUCUGCCGAUUGCCGUUUCGGCAUCCUGACUCAAGUUGUGAAUGGCGCUUCUGUCGCCCAGAACAACGGACAGUACCACUCCAACGUGUGCCUGAAGGUCAAUGCCAAGCUUGGAGGUUCUACCUCUCGCACCAACCCGCCAUGGAGGAUGACCCAAGGCACCUAUUUCCCAAAGGAUAGACCUACCAUGAUGGUUGGCGUUGAUAUUUCCCACCCUGCGCCUGGCGGCCCAUCUCCCUCUGUCGCAGCCAUGACCAUGUCUGUUGACAGAGACGCAACAAAAUAUGCCGCCAUGGUGGAAACCAACGGCUAUCGAGUUGAGAUGCUGACGUCUUCCAACGUAAACUUUCUGUUUGGCAACCUGAGCAAAAUUUGGAAGGCCGGCCAUGAUCAUUCGUUCCCCAAGCAUAUUAUGUAUUUCCGCGACGGUGUCGCUGAGGGACAGUUUGCUCAUGUCAUCGAGCAAGAGAUCAAGGAAAUCAAGGCUUAUCUCAAGCAGGCGGUUCCCAACAUGCCGAUGCCCAAGUUUACUGUGAUUGUGGCGACAAAGCGCCAUCACAUCCGCUUCUUCCCUGAGAAGGGAGAUAAAAAUGGAAACGCCCUGCCGGGAACUCUGGUGGAGAAGGAAGUUACUCAUCCUUUCAUGUUUGACUUCUACCUCUGCUCGCAUGUUGCCAUCCAGGGCACCGCUCGUCCAGUGCACUAUCAUGUGCUCAUUGAUGAGAUGAACAUUCCCGUCAACGAACUGCAGAAGAUGAUCUAUCAUCAAUGUUAUUCUUAUGCAAGAUCGACAACACCAGUGUCGCUUCACCCAGCCGUUUACUACGCGCAUCUCGCCGGAGCCCGGGCUCGUGCCCAUGAGAACGUCGCAACCAGCGAGGGCUUCCGUGCUGGCGCCAAGGGCCACGAGAUGAUCCGCGACAAAGUUGCCAAGGGCGAGUCACUGAGUGUCCCCCAACGGGGCAGUGAUGCUCCGACUCUUCUCCAGCUUGGCGGAAAACCGGAGAAUAAUGCUCCCAUUGACGGAGAGGUGAGACAGAGGGAUUUCUUCCGUAGCACCAUGUGGUACAUCUAA